GUUAAUAAUGUAAAAUCAAUUUAAACUUCAAAAUUACAUAAACAUAAUCGAACGAAACAUGAAACAUAACCAAGAAAAAAUGAGUGCUUGAAAUCUGUUAGUAUUACGAGAGAGAAGAAAGCAUUUUAUGUUGUACAGUCUACACGUACGUACAUAUUAAGUGAAAUGAAUAUUUUGAUACAUGUUUCAAAUAUUCGCAAGGGAUGGCUGAAAAGGAGGCAAAGAUUGAAUACGUGACAGAACCUUGCCCUAUUAAGCCUCGUAAAAUAGGUCCACAGAAUAUAAUUCUACGCUUAAAACGGCGAGAAACAUUUGGUUGUCCUUAUCCAGGAACGCAUGUGCAUAGUGCCAGACAAUUUUAUCAAAAUGUAUUUCCUAAUUUUACUGUUAUGAAUGUUGAAAAACCUCCAUGCUUUCUCAGAAAAUUUAGUCCUGAUGGUCGUUACUUAAUAGCAUUUAGUGCUGAUCAAACCUCUAUAGAAGUUUAUGAAUAUCGUGGUGCAUCAGCAGCUGCUGAUUUAUUAGCAAGUUGUGAAGGCGAAUAUGUUGGUCAUGAGAAUGAUAAAUGUACUUUUCAAAUUAGAAAAAACAUUUUUAGUCGAUUUUUUAAGGCUAAAUGGAUUGUUAAUGUGGUUCAAAGCAAUGAACAAUUAAAUAGAGAAUGUAGUUUAUUUACAGACGAUGGCAGAUAUGUAAUUGUUGGUUCAGCUGCCCAUAUACCAGAUGAAUUAAGACCACACUUUUAUCAGAUUUAUUCUAACAAUGAAGCGCUGACUCCAAACCCUAGGUCACCGCUUGAAGAUUAUAGUUUACAUCUUGUUGAUUUACAUGGAGGAAAAUUAUGUGAUACUAGACAUUUUAAAGUAGAUAAAAUAUAUUUGUCUCACAAUCAGGGUCUCUAUCUCUAUAAAGAUAUAUUAGCAGUUUUAUCAGUACAGCAUCAGACCAUUCAUAUAUUUCAAAUUCUCGAUGGAAUGUUUAUCAAUGUUAGAACAAUAGGAAGGUUUUGUUUAGAGGAUGAUGCUUAUUUAGUUAGAAGUGCAUGUCCAGGUGUGAACUGUCGUCCAUUUAGAGACGUAACAAUAAACUGUCUUAAACAUAAGUUAUUGGUUUAUUUGUACAAAAGAGCGACGUAUAUUAGCGAUACAACGAGAGAUCCAUAUGAAUUAAGGCGUUUUUAUCAAUACUUUGACCAAUUAAAUGCAUUACGAAUGUGGAAAAUGCAAUUAUUAGAUACAAAUCAUAUUCUUGUAAGAUUUGCAAGUGAAGAAGUGGCGACACUUCAAGCAAAUGAACCCAAUGUGCAACCCGCACUUUUGGUGGUUUACGAUAUGGUUACUGCUAAAAUAUUAGCUGCAUAUGAUAAUACAUCUACACAAUUAUUAACACAAUUUGAAAACUUCAGCGAUUUUUUCAGGAAUGCGAGAAUGAGUGGCGAUUGUCAAUAUAUGUGUUCUCCAUCUAACAAUAUACAUGCGAGGAUUAGAGUUACUACGCUCUUUAACAAGGAAAGCUUGAAGUUCACUACAGUAAAAAUCAUAAAGAUGUAAACCUAUUCUUACGAAUAUGUUAAAACAGAAGAAACAAUUUAUUUUCGAAAUACAGGAUAAUAAAGACAGAUGCAAUCAAACUAUAGACGAUACAGCUCCACAAAAUAGGACAUUUCGGUUUCCAUCCGAUUAUCUUUUGGGAAAUAUAUUUCUGAAAGUUUAAAUAAAAUCCUUCCUGCAAGGUUACUAACAGUAACUAUUUUCCACAUAAACCCAAUAUAUUUUUCAUGUUACUUUUUCAAGUAAUAUUUUCAAGUAUAACAUAAAAUAUUAUG